ACAUAGCAUCGUCAUCAUAAUAUCACAACCCAAGAAGGAGAGAGAAAGUGUAAGGAAAAAAAAAAAAAAAAGUCUUUUUUUAGAGAGAGAAAGAGAGUAUAGCCCUAAAAAAAAAAGAUUGCAACAAGAUAAAGAUUUUUUUUUUUUUUCGUUUUUAUUAACCUAUUUCUCCAUUGUUGCCGAGUAAUUUGCUUUGCCAAGCUUGCUUCUUUGCACUCACACAGUGGUUUUCUCACCUCUUCCUCUGUGUAACCACUCUUCAUUUUCCUCAAGAAAUUCAAUCACUACCUUUCAUUUCUUCACAGGUGGAACUGUGGAUGUGCACCACAGCCUUUUGAUCCUCUUCACAAAUAGCUAGGUGAUAAGUUUUGGUGUAUUGAAUAUUGGGGGUCAAAGUUUAUUGUGAAAGAUUCUUAAGGCAUUUGAAGUAAAUGCAUGGAUCGUGGGGACCAAAUGGCGUUAUCUGGUUCUGCAUCUUACUAUAUGCAGCAGAGAGGAAUAGCUGGUUCUGGAGCACAACCUGAGUUGCAUGUUUCACCUAGUCUUCGUCCACUGUCUAAUCCCAAUCUAUCAUUUCAAUCCAGUAUUGGUGGUGGUACCAUUGGAUCCACCUUACCAUUAGAAUCUUCUGCGAUCUCAUCUCAUGGUGUUAAUGUGGGUGCUCCUUCUGGGACUCCACCUGGGGAACCUGCUAAAAGGAAGAGAGGAAGGCCUAGGAAAUAUGGUUCUGAUGGAAAUGUGUCAUUGGCACUGACUCCAACAUCAUCUAGUCAUCCGGGAACCUUGUCGCAAAGUCAGAAACGGGGCAGAGGGCGCCCACCGGGGACUGGGAAGAAACAGCAGUUGGCUUCUCUUGGUGAAUUGGUAUCUGGUUCGGCUGGGAUGGGAUUCACUCCUCAUAUCAUCCAUAUUCCAAGUGGAGAAGACAUUUCAACAAAAAUUAUGGCAUUCUCUCAGCAAGGUCCUAGAGCUGUAUGCAUUUUGUCAGGCACUGGUGCUGUAUCAACAGUGACACUUCAUCAACCUGCAACUUCAGGUGGCACUGUCACAUAUGAGGGGCGUUUUGAGAUAUUGUGCCUGUCAGGAUCUUUAUUGCUUACUGAUAGUGGCCGAACUGGUGGAAUGAAUGUUGCCCUUGCUAGUCCUGAUGGUCGUGUCAUUGGGGGAGGGGUUGCUGGUUUGCUUAUUGCAGCAAGUCCUGUUCAGGUGGUAGUUGGGAGCUUUCUAUGGGGUGGAUCAAAGACAAAGAAGAGGAAAAGGGAAGGCUCAGAAGGUGCAGAAGUUGGUGUUGAGUCAGAUCAUCAGGGAGUUCAUAAUCCAGUUGCACCAAAUAGCAUUUCACCAAAUCAAAAUCUCACUCCAACCUCUUCUUUAAAUCCUUGGCCAGCAUCACGUCCGGUUGAUAUGCGUAAUUCCCAUGUUGACAUUGAUUUAAUGCGUGGGUGACAUAUACACAAGUAAUACUGUGUAUAUUUUUGAGAUUCAUGGUCACUUAUCUAAUUUUCUUGUGGUAGUGUAAUGACAGAAUGGGAUGGGAAUUACCAACAACAGAGUAGAGCCAGCUGACUUUUGCAAUUGAUAAAUCUUACUUAUCCACCCAUCUUUGACUUGGGGUUGUACUCAUAUUUUUGUAGCUUUGAGGAAGUUUAAUUUUGAAGAUUUCAUAUUCCUGAUUGGUAAUGAUACAAUUUAUAUCCUAUUUGAAAUAAAGAAAAGAAAAAAAAAAUGACAUUGGGCUAGAUGUUUUAUGUGGUUUAGGAGCAUCAAUUAUGACAUAAUCUCUGUGAUUUUUGUCAUAGAACUGUCUUCUGGAAGGCAAUGACAAGGGGUACAUGAACAUGCUAUGCUGUCAAGUUUUCUUCAGCCUGGA